GUUGCUCUUCAUGUACUUAGCAGCGGCUUAAAGCUCUGGGACAAGAGUCACAUCAGGGAAUAAGAAGGAAGAUGUCAUUCAUGCAGAAAUGGAUGAAAGGCUGUCUCUUCGAAAGCACCGCUUCAUGCAUUUUGCAUCAUUGGAAUAUGAAGGAGAAUAUUACAUGACACCAAGAGAUUUCUUGUUCUCAGUAAUGUUUGAUCAAGUUGAACGCAAAGCCUCAGCCAAGAAACUGACAAAAAAGGAGGUAGAUGCUGCACUGCUGUAUGUUGCCAAAGCUAAACCAGGGCCGACCUUUUUUAGAGACCUUGGUGAUAAAGGGUUGAUAUCUUAUGCAGAGUACCUGUUUUUGCUGACGAUCCUUACAAAACCCCAGACUGGACUUCAGAUUGCCUUUAAAAUGUUAGAUACAGAUGGCAAUGAGCGAGUUGAAAAAAAAGAAUUCUUUAAGCUACAGAGAAUCAUUGGGAAGGAAGAUGAUUUGAAAGCAGCUGGAGAUGAAACAGUACUUCGGGAAACAGAACUGGAAGACUGUGGUGUUACAACUAUGCUGCUGGUACACUUCUUUGGAAAGGAAGGAAAGCAAAAACUUCGCUAUUCUGAGUUUUUCAGGUUCAUGGAAAAUCUGCAAACAGAAGUCCAGGAAAUGGAAUUCAUAAAGUUUUCAAAGGGUUUGAGCGUCAUGAGAAAAGAAGACUUUGCGGCAUGGUUGCUGUACUUCACUGAUGAGGAAAACAAUGAAAUUUACUGGCAGAAUGUGAAAGACAGAAUCGAGGCAGGAGAGAAUAUCAGCUUGGAAGAAUUCAAGACUUUCUGCAAGUUUACAAAUAACCUGGAAGACUUUUCCAUUGCCAUGCAGAUGUUUACUGUAGCCAGUCGUCCUGUGAAACGGGCUGAGUUCAAGAGAGCAGUGAAGGUGGCAACGGGACAGGAACUCUCAGAUAAUGUUCUGGAUACCAUCUUCAAGAUUUUUGAUCUAGAUGGAGACGACUGCCUCAGCCACAGCGAGUUUCUUGGAGUCCUGAGGAACCGAAUGCAUCGAGGUUUGAGGGUACCGCAGCAGCAAGGCAUUCAAGGUUACUGGAAGUGUGUGAAAAGAGAAAGCAUUAAAGGCGCCAAAGAGAAGUUACCCAGAAUGUGCAUCCAGGAAGGAACUUCUUUGAAGGCCAGGGAGGACUUGUCCAUCAGGUUUGAAGAAGCCUGUGUUUAAUUUAUAGUUUAUUGUUAUUUGUCUUAACUAAAAUGCUUUAUAAAACAGUCUUAAAGGAAUUUCUCAUUUUUAAUAUCUUUAAUUGAAAGAGCUGUUUGUGUAAGUGUUUAGAUAAACAUUGUCUUUUAAAGAAAGCAUCAUAGUUUUAGUGUUCAGUGUUUUAGUUCCUUUUAGUCACUGUAUGGUAUUUGCAACCUGAGUGUCAGCAUUACUCAACACAAUUUUGUUAAAAGUUUAUGCCAGCUGCCAAUCUACUAAAUAUAUCAACUAUGACUCUUUUAAAUUAGAAACUCAUCCUCUGAACAGAAAUAUACAGAAAAACUAAAUAAAAUGGAUUUUUCUAAAAAAUUUACCACAUGUGGAAUAAAAAUUAAUACAUUGCACAUUGCAGAAGUCUCAAAAAUUGAUUUAAUGUAUUUCAAAAGGAGGCACAAGGGCGACUGCAGUCAUUCACAGCAUAUAACUCAUUUAUAGAAUUUUAGUUGUUGUAUCCCCACAACAAUACUUUAUACGUUUCAGUUUGUUUGAAGAUACUUGUUUAAGAACCAUUUAUUCUUCAUUUCCAAAGGAAGCAAAGGCAAAAAUGCAGUGUGAUAUACUAGAACUAACAGAAACUUAUUGGUUGUUUCUAGAAAUUAAUUCUGGUGACUUCAUUUGUACAAGCCUCUUUCUAAAAGCAAAAUUCCCUCUGGAUUCAAACCAAGUUGGCAGGUUUUAACAAAAUAUGCAACAAUUAGGAGUACAUAUUCUGCACAGAAGAACUGAAAAAGAAAAGCUUUAUCACGGUGUUAUACAUCAAAAGCAAAUCUCUCAAUUACUCCAUCUCCUUUGGUGUAUUGUCGUGUUGCAGAGUUCAGAUGGGUCACCACUGAUCAUGCCUGGAAACACCCUGAUCUAAACUCAGGUAUUAUCAGGAUCUGUUAGCUUGUCAGUUACCCAAAUGUUAUCCAAAGGACGAACAAUAUGUUCAUUCUUAAUUUCAAGCUUUUGGUGGAGAAUAUGUAAGGUCUUUAUCAUUUUAGGGAUUAUAAAUAUUCUGCGUCUGGACUUCCAGGUGUCUCAGAGCUCAUGGAGUUUUGGGUGUAGAUACCAGACCAUGUCUUGGCUCUGAAAAGUUUACAGGUUACGCUUCAGUUACCUACAAAGCAGAGACAAGACAGUGAGAUAAACAAAGCUAGGCCAUGGAUUGUGGUUUCCUGUCCAGUGUGUAUAAUGAAAAAGGAUCAUUGUCCAAUGAAGGACUAGAAUGGUAACAACCCUGUUACUUAGAGGAAGUAUUAUAAAUUUCAGGUAUAUUGACCAUACUUUGACUAAAACAUAGAAAUGGAUUAAAAAAUGUACAUCAAAAUUUAAAAAUACGGUUUUCUUCUCAUGCAAGAGUUCGCACAGGAGGGUGCAAGCAUGUCUCAUGCCUUCAGUUUUAAUGUUUCGUAUAAAACAGUCACAACUGGGUCAGGAAACUUCUCCAAUGCAGAAAAAAAAUCUUAAGUCAUUCUAAACAGAAAACACAUGUCCAAAUGAUGCUGUGGUCAAUAUUUGUGAAAUCCGAGAUGACAAAACAACAGCUCCUGUAGUGGACCUGGUCACAAGGGAAGCAUGAAGAUAAAUGUGGUGGAUGUAGACACACACUAUUAGGCCACCAGAAACUCCUACAGAAACUGAAGAUGUCACCCAAGAAGAAGUGGAAGGCCCUUUGCAGGACAGGAAACCUGAGAGGCUUGACCAUGCACAAAACUAAUCAGCAAACAUGUAUGUGUCUCUUCACUCUCCUGCUUUUUGAAGGUUUCCUGUUGGCUUUGUUGAUUAAACAAUUCCUAGUUGGUUCAAUAAUUUAAAAAAUUGCGCAACAUAUGCGAAGGCAGAUUUUCCAUUGGGCUGGUGGUAUUGGCUUAGUUAACAAUGUUUUCAGUUCAUUAACUGGAGUACCCUAGCACAGAGUCACUGUCCUCGGGAGCCAAGCUGCUGCUCCUGCAUGCCAGCAUUCCCCUGGAGCCUGCUCAACAGUGCGCCCACCUGCAUGCUUUUAGAACACCUCAUGCCCUGAAAAGCAGAAAGCCAUGUUUUUCCCCACCCGUGUACCCAAUGUGAAUUUAGGUUGGAUAUUAGGGAAAAUUGCUUCACAUAAAGGGUUGUCAAACUCUGAAACAGGUUGCCCAGGGAACCUGGAAGUGGUUGAGUCCCCAUCCCUGGAGGUAAUGAAAAGACACGUAGAUGUCUUUUCAGUGGCACCUUAGGGACAUGGUUUAGUGCUGGAUAUUGUGGUGCUGGGUUGGACUUGAUGAUCUUAGAGGUCUUUUCCAGCCUAAACAAUUCUAGGAUUCUCUCCUGCCUCGAAGCGUGACCUGCCUCUCCAUGCUGAUCAGAUGGUGAAAGUAACGUGGAAGGCAAUGGGCUGUGGGAGGAUGGACAUGGCACCUUGCAGAAUGCUGGUUAUGAUGGGCAUUAUGUUGGCAAUGUUUCAGACAAAAAGGUUUGUAACGCUGGGAGGAGGGAUAUUCCAUGGGGGUUCUUCUCAUGUGAUUUCAAACACAAGCUAGCUGCUCUGCUCUGAAACAUCCUCUGGAGGGCCUGGCUGUUCUCCAUGACUGCAAAGGGCACACAGAAGAUAAACCUCACUGGACUAAACCUGUACUUUGUGAAUGCCACCUUUCUUCAUUGUUUUUAAUGGCCCCCAGAUACAAGUACUUGCAUUUGGCCACUUUUUGUUAAAUUGAUGUGCUAUUUUAUGUGAAGGGUAAAAACUCUUAGGAGCUGUUUUAAAACUUUUGUGAAUUUGGACCUAAAGGAAGUAGAUUCUGAAAUCAGAACCAUCCAGUGAGCAAUUUCCUGGAGAAAGGAUGUACUACAGAGGUGUUGCACCUGUAUGUCUCAGGUCCACUGCUUUAGAGGAAAUUUGUCAGUUUUAAUAUUACCCUAUGGAACAACUGGUAGCUCUAAAUCACCCCCAAGAAAACCAAUUGGUUUAAUUUAGCACUUGCCAAUAAAGUGUUUUAAAAUUCU